GCGGCCCCGCCGUCACCCGGCGUGCUGGGGAGGCCGGGGAGAGUUCCCCGGCGCUGCAGGCUUGGAAUGCUGAAGUUACUUUCACUUUUACAACGGGAUAUGGGUAUUUCUGUGGCUGAGCCUGAGCACACACGGGGAGGUAUGCAGACGAGCUUCUGGCCUGCCAGAGGUCACCCGGCUGUUUGCUCACUGCCCCGACUCCCACUGUCUCAGGGCAGGGCAGUGCACUCCCGCUGAAAAGAGGCGCUUCUAUUCUUGUGGGACGCCUCUGUGUGAGGGAAAUUUGCUUCACUGCAAGUUUGGGUAUGAGAUGCAGUGUGUUGAUUAUAAGCUACUCUUAUUGUUACAUUUUAGUGUGCAGUUACAGUGACAUGGCAUGUCAAGGCUUCCUCGUUUUUGAGAGGUGUUGACAUGCUCUUUGAGGAUCCUCCUAUUAUGCUGAAAAGCAGUGUCACAAAAUAACUCCAACUUCUGUACGGUAACCUCUGCUGGUAGACAUAUCUAGCAAUCCUAGGAAGACCACACUUGGAGCUAAUGUAGAUGACUCUGUGCCUCUGUUCAUGCCUUCCUUUGUGUGCCAGUUUUUCUGUUUCAGCAAGCCUGGAGUUAAAUAGGACCUCUUAAGUCUUCAGGUGUAUAGAGAUUUUACAAAUUUGAGGCAUGAGGACGAACAGGACUUUCCAAGCAAUUUGGAUACAGAGAUUAAUGUAAUUAUCAGUUAAGAUUGAGUUGGAAACAAAGUUCACAUUUUUGAAACCUCUAUCUUUGACAUCCACAUCUUUUAAUUGCAUAAGUAUUUUAAGUCCUUAGGCUCCUAGAUAUUUGGUGCUGGACCUGAGCAGAGCCCCUGCUAUUUACAGCAGAGCUAAGUGGUGGCACAUAUGUUUCACUGGUAGUGAAGAGGAGGAGACAGAAAAUAAAAGGAUAUUCCUCUGCAUGGGAAUCCAUCCUAAUGAAGGUUUUCCAUUUUGCAUAAAAUUUGUAUUAGGGCUCCUGGGCACACAUAUGGUGACUGCUGAGCAAUAGUUAAGGUCUUGAUCUUGUCUUCCAUUUUUGGCUCAUGUAAGAAUUAGUUAUGUAAAAAUACUUAGUGUUGGUCUUACAUAUUGGGUUUUCUCUUUUAAUCAACUGCUUGCAUUAUAGCCUGUGUCCUGCUUUCUUUCUGUGUGGUUGUUACUUCUGACUGUUUGUGAUACAAACCUUUGAUAAGUAUUUGACCUUUGCAUGUUAUGGUGGCAUAUUAUGGUACCAAUAUAAUUGGUAACUUUAAGUUUCCAGCAUUCUUUUUAAGCCUUGUAAUUAAAAACUUGAUGAAUUGAACACAUUAAAAGCCUUCCUUUGCAGUAGUAAAAACAAUUAGUGAAAUUGAAAAUUGGUCUGUAAGGACACCCCACCAGACCAAGAUGCAACAAAGCACACUGAAAGUAAAUUCAUGUCUCACAAAAGUAGGGUGUAAAUAGAGUAUAAAUUAUCUGGUUUAUGUUUUACAGCAGAUGCUAAAGGAGACCAGAACUUUUGCACAAAAAGUAUUUGAAUCAUACAUGUACAUGUAUUAUUUUAUUACUUUGUCUUUGCUGUCAUCAGGCUUUACCAUGCUCCGAGCCUUUAGUCACACAAAUGGUAGGUGCAUGUUCCACCAUACUAAGUGUUGGCAUCAUCGUAAGUCUGUGCUGGCAAUCAGGAGGGAAGAUGUUAAUGCAUGGGAAAGAAGAGCACCUCUAGCACCAAAACAUGUUAAGGAGUUGACAAAGAUGGGAUAUAAGGUCUUGGUGCAGCCGUCAAACCGGAGAGCCAUCCAUGAAAAGGAGUACAUCAAAGCAGGUGCCAUUAUUCAAGAAGAUAUUUCUGAGGCUUCUCUGAUAAUAGGUGUGAAGAGACCUCCAGAGGAAAAAUUAAUCCCUAAAAAGAACUAUGCCUUCUUCUCUCACACUAUUAAAGCCCAAGAGGCAAACAUGCCCCUUUUGGAUGAGAUUUUAAGACAGGAAAUUCGACUGUUUGACUAUGAAAAAAUGGUUGAUCAUAAAGGAAUGCGAGUUGUGGCCUUUGGAAAGUGGGCCGGUGUAGCAGGAAUGAUCAACAUUCUACACGGACUGGGUUUACGAUUUUUAGCCCUGGGACACCACACUCCCUUCAUGCACAUUGGGAUGGCACACAACUACAGGAAUAGCAGUCAGGCUGUGCAGGCAGUACGGGAUGCUGGAUAUGAAAUAUCACUGGGAUUGAUGCCAAAGUCAGUGGGGCCCUUAACAUUUGUGUUUACAGGCACUGGUAAUGUUUCUAAGGGUGCUCAAGAAAUGUUCAACGCCCUCCCAUGUGAGUUUGUGGAACCACAUGAAUUAAAGGAAGUUUCCAGAUCUGGAGACCUCAGAAAAGUCUAUGGGACAGUGUUAAGUCGUCACCAUCAUCUUGUAAGGAAACGUGAUGGAAUAUAUGAUCCAGUAGACUAUGAAAAACAUCCAGAAAAUUACACUUCUCGCUUUCAUAUUGAUGUUGCACCCUACACAACUUGUUUAAUUAAUGGCAUAUACUGGGAGCAACAUACUCCUCGCUUGCUAAGUCGACAGGAUGCUCAGAAGCUGCUGGUGCCAGUUAUUUCUGCUGAUGGUUCAACAGAGGGCUGUCCUGAGUUACCACACAAACUUCUGGCAAUAUGUGACAUUUCAGCAGACACUGGAGGAUCUAUAGAAUUUAUGACAGAGUGUACAACAAUUGAGAAUCCAUUUUGUAUGUAUGAUGCUGACCAGCAUAUCACUCAUGACAGUGUUGAAGGCUCGGGGAUUCUAAUGUGUUCCAUUGACAAUCUGCCAGCUCAGCUUCCUAUAGAAGCAACAGAGUACUUUGGCGAUAUGCUUUUCCCAUAUAUUGAAGAGAUGCUGUCAUCAGAAGGCUCAGAACCUCUUGAAAAACAGAAUUACUCACCUGUUGUUCGAGAUGCAGUGAUUGCAUCCAAUGGCUCACUGACACCUAAGUAUCAAUAUAUCCAGAAACUGAGAGAGAGCAGGGAACAGGCUCAGUCGCUAAAGAUGGGUGAUAAGAAGAGGGUUUUAUUGCUCGGAUCGGGCUAUGUUUCUGGCCCUGUACUUGAAUAUCUCACUAGAGAUUCCAACAUUGGCAUCACAGUUGUAUCUGUCAUGAAGGAGCAACUUGAGCAACUGACAAAAAAAUACAGCAAUGUUACUUCAGUUCAUAUGGAUGUCCUUAAGCGGGAGGAAAAGCUGUCCUCUCUGGUGAAGAAACAUGACCUCGUAAUCAGUUUGCUACCUUAUUCAGCACAUCCUUUUGUUGCUAAGAAAUGUAUUGAGAACAAAGUGAACUUGGUAACAGCCAGCUACUUAACACCAGCUAUGAAAGAACUCCAGGAGAGUGUAGAAGCUGCUGGUAUUACAGUUGUCAGUGAAAUGGGUUUGGAUCCUGGUCUUGACCAUAUGCUGGCAAUGGAAUGCAUUGACAAGGCAAAAGAAGUUGGUGCUACGGUUAUAUCCUACACUUCUUUCUGCGGUGGCCUGCCAGCUCCGGAGCACUCUGACAAUCCUCUGAGAUACAAGUUCAGCUGGAGUCCACAAGGAGUGUUGCUGAAUACAGUUCAGUCUGCCACAUAUUUAAAAGAUGGAGAGAUUAUCAAUAUUCCAGCUGGAGGAGCAUUACUGGAUUCUGUCACUCCAAUGGAUUUUUUCCCAGGAUUAAAUCUUGAAGGUUUUCCUAACAGAGAUAGUACAAAAUAUGCUGAGCCAUAUGGUAUUCAGACAGCUCGCACUUUAUUGAGAGGCACCUUAAGAUACAAAGGAUACUCCAAAACUAUGGGAGGCUUUGUAAAACUAGGAUUAAUUAACCCAGAUCCUUACCCUUUGCUAAGCUCAACCACACCACCUCUAACCUGGAAAGAGCUCAUGUGCAAACUGGUUGGAAUUAAGUCUCCUGUUGAGCACCAUGUUCUUAAAGAAGCUGUAUUUAGCAAACUGGAAAAGGACAAAAGUCAGCUGGAGGCAGUAGAAUGGCUAGGUUUAUUGGGAGAUGAACAAGUUCCAGCAGCAGAUUCCAUUGUGGGGGCUCUUGCAAAGCAUAUGGAGAUGAAGUUGCCCUUUGGUACUGGAGAGAGAGAUAUGAUUAUUAUGAGAAAUGAAAUAGGUCUCAGGCAUCCUUCUGGUCAUUUGGAAGACAAAUUUGUUGAUCUGGUUGUCUAUGGAGAUAACAAAGGACAUUCUGCAAUGGCUAAAACAGUAGGAUACCCCACGGCUAUUGCAGCGAAGAUGGUUCUAGAUGGUGAAAUAGUUGCCAAAGGCAUGGUUAUACCCUUGACGAAGAAUGUUUAUGGACCAAUACUUGAACGUGUUCGGGCAGAAGGCAUUGUGUACAGUACUCACAGUGUUAUCAAACAGUAACUGGAAGCAGUGGAUUUAACCAGGUCUUGGCUUUGUUUGGUUCCAACCUCUGCCGCCCCUUUAAGAAUCUCAAUUUGAACCAGCUAAAGGCAGCACCUGCCGUUUCAUACACAGAUGUUGCCUUCCAUAAAACCUGCUUUGAUGUAGAAACUGUAGAUACUCAUGAAUUUUGGUAUUUUCCUCUGAAAAUUGAUAAGCUUUCAUGUACGUGUUUCAGCAUCGAUCAGAUCUUUCCUUAGAUCUUUUUCUAAAAUAUCUUGGAAGGGUUGGGUUUGUUUUUUCUUUUUUUUUGUUAUAGUUUAUCUUCCAGCUAUAUAGGGUUAUUAAGACAAAUUUAAGCUUAAAGAAGUAUCUAUUAGUGGAUUCUCUUUUGGUGGGAAAGUCUAGUUAAUGAAUUCCAUUGAUGAAGUUUGCUUGUUCAUGUGGUAAAAAUUUUUCAGAAUAAUGGAGAUGAAAGUGAUAUUUAAAAUUUUAAGUCUGAUUGUUCCUUCCCCUUUAACAGUAUUUUUGAAUAUUUUCACAAUAACAAUAUGCAAGAAAUAGUUUAGAAAUUCUGCACUACUAGCAAAUAAGAACCUGUUAAAUCUUAAAAAUGUUCAUUUCUUAAAUAUUUCAAACCUAGAUCUUAAUAUUUUUUUAAUCCAUUUAUAAUGAGUGUAAAUUUAAAUUAAUUGGAGGAGGGAGGAAGUUUAAAGCAAGCUUCCUCCCCAUACACUUUCCUGUUACAGAGUGGAAGCUGGUUGCAAUAUGUUGAAAUACCUGCUGUUUUGUAUUGCCUUGUGCUGUGGAGAGAGGACAUUAACAUUUAGCUAGGCAGCUAGGAAGGGCAUUCUACAGUUAAUACAGAAAUACAACAGUUAAUGUGGUUAGAAGCUGCUCCAAAUGAUGUUUAGUCCUUCCACUUACACUAUGUGCCUUGUCCAGGUUAAGUACUGUUACAAAGGGAAUAGAUUGUGUAGUAUAUGCAGCUUUGAAAUGCAGUACGCUUAGAAUUUUUAAUUGCCACAUUUUAAGUUAGCUUCUGCCCUUCUGCUAUCAGGCUUUUCAAGUAUUCAUUUGGGAGCCUAUGCAUACUACUCAGUACAGUGCCACUUUAGACUGAUGGGAGUUUGCCGGUGGGCCAGCUCACUUGCUGCUGAGUGCUGUGCUGCACAGAUCUGUCAUCCCCCCUCUAGCUGCAGUUUAGCCACAUCAGUCCAGAACUGAACUUUAGCCCAAGUGCAGCUUCUCUGUAACAAAGCAGCAGUUGCCUCCUUCCAGUUCAGGGCUGCUUCUCUGGCUUUUGCUUAGGGAUUUCUACACCACCUUGCAAUGCAAGCAUGGCCUAAACUUCACAGUUAGGUCUGUGAGGUGUAAUGCUGUGGGCAGAUAGUAUUUGCACUGGUACCUGUGCAGCUGCCUAGAACUUCCCUUUUCUAAAGCUGAAUACUGAUGCUGGAAGCUGUCUGCUUUCAACUUUGCUCACAAGCGCACUUUGCUGAUAAAAGCACAGCCUUUUACCUCCUGAGAACCAUAGUGCUGUAAUUACAGUUCUGAGGUGAUGGAAUUCCAGGUGUUGUUUUGCACAGUAGGAAAAGCAGCCAUAACAAUAAUUCAAGUUUUGAUCUCCAAAUUUUGCUACUCAGGAUUUGGAUUUUCUUUGUGUAAAUGCAAUGAAGUAGCAGCUGCAAUAGUUAGGUGAAAGGAGCCAAAGGGAGAAGGAAGAGUGAAGGGCAGAGUAUUAUUCUCAAAGAGAAUACUGAACCAUUGAAUAGUUUUGUCAUGUCAAAUUUGGAUUCUGUUAAAGUGCCAUGCAUAUAUCAGAUGAAAUUCUGUUACAGUGCCAUGCAUAUACUGGACGAAAUCCUGGCUCCACAAAGUUGCUUCAAUUCUCACUGACCUUACAGGCUGUUGGUCUGUUGUAUGGAUGGUGUAGGCAGCUGGGCUAAGGAUGAAUGCAGUGAAUGUUCUGCUCCCUGCUGCCUCCUCCUUCUCCACGUAGAUUAAAGACCUACAGCUAAGGAUUAAAGUUAUACCUGUAUCUGCUGGUCCCUUCCAGCCCAGUACUUGGUGAGACCAGGAUUUUACUUUAGAAUUCUCUGAUCCCCCCCUUAGCUCCCAAAUACGCAACCAUGGAGUUGUGACUCUGUAUAUAUGCAUGCACUAUACUUACUUUUCUGCCUUGGAAAUGCAGUAUGCGAAGAAAAUCGGAAUUUUAGAAGUAUCUAAUAUUUUUAGAGCACUAAAGAAUGAGCACUACAGUGUUUCCUUCAAGAAACACUGCUACUAUUUUUGGAACAUUUUGUAUCGAAGUAUAUUUCUGUUUCCCAGUGCAAUGCUGCAUUUUGUUUUCUACAUUUAGACUUAAAUGAAUUUAUUAUUCUUCUUUUUGUAUGAAGAUUAUACUUCUCAGUUCUCUUUGCAUAUUAUUGGAAAGAUAAUUAUAUCUAAUACACAAGAUUGCUUGAAAAAUAAAUUUGAAAUCCUC